AUGACGAAAGGUUUGGUGAGGAUAAGACUAGCUAGAUUCGGAAGGAAACAUACCCCAGUAUACAACAUAGUUGUUACCAACAAACAUAAGGCGUUGAAUAGGAAACCAAUUGAAGUAUUAGGAACAUACAACCCAAUCCCAAAACCAUUAACGAAGAAAGAGGUUAAACAAGGUGUUGUUCCUACUAAAGAUGUGGAAUUAGACUUCGGAAGAGCUAAAUACUGGAUCGGUGUUGGUGCUCAACCUAGUGAUACGGUAACAAGACUAUUGAGAAAAGCUGGAAUCCUGGAUGAAAAUUGGGGAAAGACCUACACAAGUAGUAGGGUUGUUAUUGAACCUAGGAAAGAAGUCUUUGAAGAAUAG